GGCCUACGGGGGCGGAGUCUACAGGGGUGAGGGACUGGGCGCGCGGCCAGGCUUCCAGGGGACGAGGGUAGAAAGAAAUGAGGGGCGGGGCCUCAGCCGGAGGCGGGGCCUGCGCGGCGGAUAUGGGGGGGCGGAGCCUCCGGACCCGGGACAAGACUUCCGCUGCCCGCGCGGAGGUGGACGGAGACUCCCGCGGUGGAAUCCUUCCAGAUACCCCGCCCAGUCCUCUCUUUUCUGCUCCUGCUGAGUCCCACCAGUGGAGGCUUCCGGAGCAGGGAGGAGGAGUGGAGAGCCGCCCUGGGAGGACGAAAGCCGAUUGUCCUCAACUGGCCCCUGUGUGCCUUCCAAGAAGUCAUGAGACGGGACGUGGGGCCUCACAGCCGAAAGCCCUUGGUGCCAGGAGAGACGAGACUGGACCCGGUGCUUGUGGUCAAGUGCUACUGGACGGACUCAGCCUGGGCCCAGGGUGCCCUCCUCCUCCCCAGCCUGUGCUCCUCCUGCUUUCCUGUCCUCCGUGGGCCUGCUGGCGAGCCGCCCCGGGGGCUUCUUCCUCACCUGCCAGGGAUCAACUCACCCCACACGCGCUGCCCGGGUGGAGACGAGGCCCAUACACACACCUGUCUCCAUCCUGCCAUGCUGCACGGGCGUCAAGUUCACGUCUGUCCCACGGCCCCCACCCCGGAGCUCCUGGAUAGAAAGGACCACAGCUGGCCAUCG